AUGUCGGCAAAAGAGGCGGCCGAGAACUCAGAAAUCGUAUGGGAAAUCAUUGAAAUGGCUAUGAAAUACUCCGAAGAUGAAACUGCAUCAAUACCGGCUGGCGAAAGCCUGUACGAUUUCUUCAAGAAAAAGGUGCCGGAAUUGAUACCUCAAGAAAUGGAGGGCGACAAAGAGGUGGAGAGCAAACGAAAGACUGUGUUGGAAAUGUCUGAGAUGUGGGGUGCUUUUGUCGGCAGCCCGAUCGAAAGACAAAGUCUCAAGUUCUUCUGGUUAGAGGAAUGUAUCGAUGGGGAGAAUUUGUUCGUUGCGGAAACAUAUCAUAAGGUUCUAAAGCGAAUAGCAGAACCUGCGUCGAAACGCGCGGACAUUAAGUUCGGGCAUAAGGUGCAGAAAGUAGUAUCCUCUGGGACCGAGAAAGAGCCGAGUGUGGAGGUACAUGUUGAGGGGCUUCAAAACAUGAUUUUCGAUGAGGUCGUCAUGACCACUCCUCUUGGAUGGCUGAAGAAAAACGAAGGUGCUUUUAAACCCGAGCUCCCGGAAAGGCUCAAGCAAGCCAUAUCCUCGAUCGGCUAUGGGCACCUGGACAAGGUGUAUAUUACCUUCCCAACCGCUUUCUGGAACGAAUCUACUUCCAAUGACCUCACUACCACGAAGUCUCACGAUCUUUCCAUCCCCAACGUGACAGCUACGACAGCUCCAAUACAUCAAUCGCACACUACAAAAGAAACAACCGUCGAUCCAGCUCACUACCCAGGCUUCACUCACUGGACGAAGCCUACCUAUGCGGGCCCAUCAAAUCCAUCCCAAUGGCCCCAAGAAGCCAUGAACCUAGCGGCCCUUCGCUCUCCAACCGCCCAUCCAACUCUCCUCUUCUACACAUACGGACCCACCUCCCUCCACAUUGCUUCGCUCCUAAAAACGCAUGCACCUCCCAUCGUAGAUCCAGACGAGGCCACUCGGAAAGUCCUCACCGACUUCCUCCACCCCUACUUCUCGCGACUGCCGAACUACUCGCCUAGCGACCCCUCACAUCAACCUUCGCGCAUUCUCGCGACAACCUGGGCAAACGACGAGCUCGCUGGCCACGGCAGCUACUGCAAUUUCCAGGUUGGACUGGAGGCUGGAGAUCGCGACAUUGAGACCAUGAGGAGAGGUGUGCCUGAAAAAGGGCUCUGGCUUGCCGGUGAGCAUACGGCGCCUUUCGUGGCGUUGGGGACGGUGACCGGGGCGUAUUGGGCGGGAGAAGGGGUUGCGAGAAGGAUUGUAAGGGCUUGGGGUAUUGAUGGGAAGAGUGGGGAGGCGAAUGGGCAUGCGAAUGGAAAAAUGUAA